UCGCCAGCCACUAUCAGUCUAUAGCACUGAGAAGGCUGAUGAAAACACCCACAUGGCCCAACAGUUCAGAAGAAAGCCAGCGCAUCAAGAUCCUACUCUGGACGAACAUCAGGAAUCCUUUGUAAAAAUCGGAACACCCUUACCUUCGUUGAGCUCGACAAAAGCGGAUCAGAAUGUCUUUCUACCGAUCUGGAAACAAGAGGUUACCGAUGAGCAGGGAAGAAGGAGACUACAUGGCGCGUUUACUGGCGGAUUUUCGGCAGGUUACUUCAAUACCGUCGGCUCGAAGGAAGGAUGGAAUCCGGCAGAGUUCAAAAGCAGUCGGACUGAUAAGAGAAGCCAGCCAAAAAGCUUCACUCAAAAACCGGAAGAUUUCAUGGACGAGGAAGACCUUGCCGAAUUAGCCCAGUCUAAAGAACUUCAAACCAACUCAAACUUUGGCUCGACCUCCAAUAAUUCAUUACGCUUACCCCGAAAAAUUUACGACCCGUUGACAGGAGCGAUAGAAGGAGAUGCCGAAUCCGAUUUGCUUGGAGGGCAGCCAUCGCGCCCAUCUGCAAUCGAUAUCGCACUGUCGGACUUGGUUCAACCAAGCAAUGCUAGGGCUGGGCAGAGAAUUAUGAGGAAGAUGGGAUGGCGUGAUGGACAAGGAAUUGGACCCAGGAUCACUCAUGAAAAAAGGCUCUUGUUGGCAUCUAAGUUGGGCGUCGAUUUGAACUCACAACUCGAUCUGGAAGACGAUCCGGAGCGCAAGAAACAUCUGUAUGCACCCAUUGAUCGGCCCUUGAGGCCGAUGCAGCCAUGGCCCGGAACUUCGGGGCUAGGUCACUCAACAUCAGCACCAUCCCACUAUUUGAACGAGCCAUCCUCAUCUGCUCCACAUCCCAGUACGGCAGCGAAGAAUCAAGGUCCGGCAAUCCCAAAAGGCUCAUCUUUUGGCCUGGGCGCUUUGAACGACACAGAAGACGACGAUCACGACGUUUAUGCCCCGGCGUUUGAUCAAGUAACCUCUGAUCCGCGUGCUCGCCGCCUCCUGAAUUUGUCUGAAGACAGGACAAGCUCUCAUAAACAACCACCUGGUCGACAAUCUACCAAGAUCGCGAAGCCAUCCACAAGGCCUGGAAAACAGGUGUUCCAAGAUAAUACGCCGCUACCGAAAGGAUUCCGCUUAUCGGACACUCUGAAGAAGGAUCCUACAUCCGUUUCAUUUGUCCCUCCACAAGUUCCAGAAAAAUGGAAGCCUUCUCCGACGCAGAUUUGGGACGCUGCAAGGUCCCAUGGACAGCCUCUUGGAGUUCAGCCGAAUCCUCGACAGUCCGCUCGUCCAAUAAAUGCCCAUGACCGUGCUCGAUUGAUAGGCGAAGAUGCGCCACCCAAAUCGGUCUUCGACUUCAUUUCUGCUAAAGAUAAGGCUCGGUUGGACGAUGCCAAGCAACUUGCCCAAGCUUCACUGCAUUUCAAGAGUUUGAAAUCAGAAAAGGAUGACGAGGGUGUGACUGUCGGUACAUCAAUCACAAUACCUAAGUUGGACUCAAGCAUUGCUCAAGCCGCCUUGCGUGGCUUUAUGCCGUUUUCACACGAUCUACCGAAACAAGAUCGUUAUAAACUAUAUCUACAAUCUCAGGCCGGUAUGCUACCGAAAGGAACUCAAUUCUCCCCCAAAAUCACGCCGCAAAUGACCGCCGAGGUGAUCAAUAAAGAGUUGGAUGGCUUCGUCAAAAGUGCGAUGAUGUUUAAACCUAUGAGCGCCAUGAUGGCUUCCCGGUUCACAUCAGCCGCUAGCAGCUCUGCGGGCGGUGAGAUGGCAGCCCCUGAACCCGGCCUUCGCCAGCCCGUCUUUCUUGAGGAGGAGCCCGAAGAAACCUCAACAAAGGAAAAAGAAGGCGAAGAAUCAAAAGAACAGGAGGUAGUCAGCGAUGCUGCUCAGGCCGUCCGUGUGGACAUGUUCGGCAUGCUGACAAGGUCGAUCAAGAAGUUUUAUCCGCAAAAGCUUCUUUGUAAACGGUUCAAUGUUCCCAAUCCGUUUCCUGAUGGCCCACCCGCCGAACCGAUAGCGAAGACGAAUCUGGCUGAAUUUUUGAGUUCUCAAGGGUUUCAACCUGCUGCAACUCCCGUCAACCCUGGGGAUUUGGAUGAGCCAAAAUCGGAGACCACAAAUUUAUGGCUUCAAGCCGAAACCAAGCAAGAUGCCCCUCAGCCGGUUGAACAGGUUGGUUUGGGCAGUGACCAAACUCAAGGCCGGGAGAUUUUGACGACUUCCAGACCCCCGAUCGACCUCUUCAAAGCGAUCUUCGCCGAUAAUAGCGACGAUGAAGAUAGUCAUGAUGGGCCCGAUGAUUUAGCCCAUCAUGGACCCAAUGAAAUCAUUCCGCCGCAGGCCUCCGUCAAAGAAGAUUCAGACCCAAGCUUGAAUCUCACCCGAGUAGUCGACCAACAAGUGGUUUCCCUUACCCCGGUCGUCGUCGAUCCUAAAGCGGUCGAAAAUCUCACGAGCUUCCGGCCGACGUUCCGGAUCCAGAAGGAUGAGGAGUUGAGCGCGAUGAAUCCUAACGAGACGACGUCGAGCAAGAAGGCCACCAAGAAGAAAAAACGGCCGGUUUUGAUCUCGUUCGAUGAGGAGCAGGCUGAUGGACAACUUGAACAUCCCACCGAAUCGAAGAAAAAGAAGAAGAGGAAGAGCAAGACUUCCAGGGGUCAGGAGGAGGAGGAUAAUAAGUCGCAUCGAGAGUCUUUGGCUGAAGACCAAGCUUCUCGCGACCCAUCAAGGGCCAAGGAUGUCUGGAAAGACCAGGAAGAGGAUGAAUGGGUGGAAGCGGCGGUCCCGAUUCCUCCCCCUCCUGACCCCCAGAAACCUAAAUUAAUCGAAGCUCAUUCUUCUAAAACUUACAAGAAAAUGACUCGCAUGAAAGCAAGUGAUAUGAUGGAUUGAUUCCUUCUUAUUAUUCUUCUUUGUACAUCUAUCUUUCAAUUUUUUUUUUUUGGAAUAAUACCCUUGCCUUUACUUCGCUCGUCAUUUUUUUGUCCGUCUGUUUAUUUUGAAGUCUCACAACUUUAUAGAUCAAUUGAAAAAGGACUUCUUUCAAUGUUGAAACUUG